UGUGGAACAGAAGAAUCUUCUGGCCUGCAGGUGGAGGUGCCUGGUGUCCCCCUCCCCAAGGACUCAGCUGCUUUACUCCUGAAGUGACUCUCAUGACUAUGUGAGAAGCUGCCAGCAGCAGGUCUGAUCUUUGACUCUCCUGUUCAAAAUGAGCUUCUAACCUGAUGCAUCGAGUGCUCUGGCUAGAAAAGCAAUUUCAGCUGGGAGGGGAGCCCCGCCGCAGCCCGGCCCGGGAAGUUGGAAGGCAACUUUGAGGGCGGAGGAAGUCGGGGCUGGCGGAGGAGCUGCGGGAGUGGCCGCGUUACCCGCCGCCGUGUCCCCGCGCCGCUGCCGGCAGCUGCCAGAGAGGAGCCGCGUUAUCUCUGCUAUCUGCCGCCUCAUCGCCAGGGGAGGAAGAAUGGCAGCAGGAAGAUGAAGUAGCGCGUUUCCUAUGCUGCCCGCGGCGGCACGCGCUGGCGUGGGCCGGCUAGGGACGGGCUCCGCCACGGCCGAAGCCGCUGCCGGGACAAGAUGAAGAAGCCGAGGAGGAGCUCCCCGCCGCGCUGCAGCCGCGGUGCCCGCCGCCCGCUCUGAAGCCCAUGUGCCGGCGUCCCUGGCAGCAUGAAAGAGGUGGUGCUGUGGUCGCCCGAGGAGGUGGCCGGCUGGCUGACGGACAAUGCCGUGCCGGAGUACUGUGAGCCCCUGAGGAGCUUCACCGGGCGGGACCUCAUCAACCUGACGGAGGAGGAUUUCAAGAGAUCCCCUCUGUGCCGGGUGUCUUCCGACAGCGGCCGGCGGCUGCUGAACAUGAUCGAGGGGCUGAAGAUGGCUCACCACAUGGAGGCUCACAAGAACGGCCACGCCAACGGGCACGUGCGCGGCGCCGCCGGCCAGAACGGCUUCGGCGCCGCGCUCAAGCUCAACGGGGUCCCCAAUGGCUUCAAGAAGGAGAUGAUCAAGAUCCCCAUGCCGGAGCCGGAGCGCUCGCAGUAUCCCAUGGAGUGGGGCAAGACUCUCCUGGCUUUUAUUUAUGCACUUUUUUGUUUCGUCUUCACCACGGUGACUAUCUCGGUGGUUCAUGAACGAGUGCCUCCCAAGGAGGUGCAGCCUCCCCUCCCAGAUGCAUUUUUUGAUCGCUUUGAUCGGGUGCAAUGGGCUUUUUCUAUUUGUGAAAUCAACGGCAUGAUCCUUGUAGGACUGUGGUUUGUUCAGUGGCUGCUCUUAAAAUACAAGUCUAUAAUUAGCAGAAGAUUUUUCUGUAUAGUUGGCACACUAUACCUGUACCGGUGUAUUACCAUGUACGUGACUACACUCCCAGUACCUGGAAUGCAUUUCAAGUGUUCUCCAAAGCUUUUUGGAGACUGGGAAUCUCACCUGAGAAGGAUAAUGAAGUUGAUUGCUGGCGGAGGCUUGUCCAUCACGGGCUCCCACAACAUGUGUGGGGACUACCUGUACAGCGGCCACACCGUCAUCCUAACCCUCACCUACCUGUUCAUCAAAGAGUACUCCCCACGGCGACUCUGGUGGUACCACUGGCUCUGCUGGGCGCUCAGCAUGGUGGGGAUGUUCUGCAUCCUCCUUGCUCAUGACCACUACACUGUGGACGUGGUGGUGGCUUACUACAUCACUACAAGGCUAUUCUGGUGGUACCACACAAUGGCCAACCAGCAAGUGCUAAAAGAAGCUUCCCAAACCAACCUCCUUGCACGGGUGUGGUGGUACAAGCCCUUCCAGUACUUUGAGAAGAACGUCCAAGGAAUCGUACCUCGCUCCUACCACUGGCCGCCGCGGUGUCCGGCGCUGGCGCGGGGCCGGCCGGUCAAGUACAGCCGCCUGGUGAGUGACACGUAACAGUGCCACCACAGUGCCCCCGAGGACUGCCCCAAGUGCUCACUGCUCCAAGAGAAGAUGCCAUAAACAAAAACCCACCGCUCCCUGACCCCUCUCUUCAGCAGCUCCCUGGACCUGACCUGUUCAGUUACCUGGUAAGCACUGUGAUCUUUUUUUCUCUCCAAAGGAUCUGCGUUGGACAACAAUAAAGAGAAUUGAACUGAUCAUGCACUGUUAUACAUUUCUUGUUGAUAGAGUUGGGAUUUGCAUUUGCCCAUCACCAUGUUCCUUUGUAUAUGAUGCGACAACAUAGAUGAAAAGCUUUUAUAUCAUAAGUUCUGGUCUUUCCAGUCACGUCUGGGAACAAAGCAUAUUAUUUUCUUGGGAAAACAUACUUUUCAUAUCUCUUGCCCCAAAGAUUGGGCUGUAAGCCAUUUUCUAGCAAAUGACUAUAUGAAGGUUUCUAAAUAUCUGCCUUGGGUGAAAUCAAGAAAUCUUUCUACCUGUUGCACCGUGCUACGAAUAAGAUGAUAGACACAGAAAGGUUUGGUAAAUCCUGAUUUUGUAGAAUCUGCAGUGACUGACUGUGUCAAAAA